AAUAAAAAUUGGAAAAUAUACAAAUUGAAUUAUGUGUAAAACAAAAGUCAUUACAACAGUUUUGGAUACUGUUAUUAAAUCACCUAAUUUCGGACAAUGCUUGCGAAAACUCCAAAUAAUUUCAGCAGGUUUAGGAAAUGGAAAUUGUAAAGCACAGUUAGUUGUAUCUGAGGAACAUUUAAAUUUAGGUGGUUCCAUGCAUGGUGGUUUUACAAGUACUCUUAUUGAUUGUGUUUCAUCAUAUGCCCUAAUGUCCCAUAAGACUAAUGCAGCAGGUGUUUCAGUAGAUUUAAUGGUUACGUUUAUGAAACCUGCUCUUCCUGGUGAUCUUGUAACAAUUGAUGCUAAGACUAUACGUGCUGGAAGAACACUAGCUUUUCUUGCAGUGGAUAUUACAAAAGAUGAUGGGAAACACAUAAUUGCUCAUGGACGACACACUAAAUUUAUUGGAGAAAAGAAGUAGAACCCAUGUUAUUAUAUAUUGAUCACCAGGUGGAACGUCCAUGGGAAAGCAGGGUGCAGCAUUAUCGCAAGACUUUUUACAGUCUAUACCAU